GUCUGACUCGCAUUCGCUCCACCAGCAGAGCCUGACAGCACCGGCUACACGCGAGGAUGUUGGCGAGCUGCCGCCGGUACCCGGAUGCGGCAUGUCUAUGCGACGCCCAGCAAUGUGUCUCUGCCGACGGUCGCCAGCGAGUCGUCAAUCGAAGAUGCAGUGAUUGUCGAUAUUGAGUCGACCGUCGAGGCCCACGCCUGUGAUCAGCGCCGUGACGGUGAGCACCAGCGCCGUGACGCCCAGGAAUGCUGCCAGCGAAUACGAAUGCAUCUGCAUCCGAGGCUCGCAGCAUCAACGCCCUCGCACCCGCCACUGCCAGUUGACCUGCCGCCUCUGCCUCGCUUCCCUCAGCCGCCGCAAACCCGGCCUGUCACGCUCAGCGACAGUGGCGGUGUCGCGCAGCCGCAACAACCUCAAACAGCGACACCGCAUCGAUCAGUCCGCGAGGAGAAAUCCGCUCUCUCGCGCAGCAGCAGCAUCCGGGCACUGCGCCCGCAGGCGCACAACGGAUGGAAGUCCAUUAAGAAUGACUUCGAAGGGGCUCGCUGUGGUGGGCUCGCCCAAGAGUGCUGCCAGUGUAAAGCCGGAUGCAAAGCCAGUAUUGCAGGACAAGAGUUUGGCCACGCGCCAUCGACCGAGCGCUUUGUGCGCAAGGCUCCAGUACUGAAGCGCCGGAACCGGAACCCUGGUGCCGCAUCGGUCGUCGGAUGAUGUAACAGGCGGACCGAUGUACGCCUGGCGGCUAAGCAGACUGGUGAUGGAAAGCGCUUGUUUAGGCUGAUUUCAAGCCAUCCAAGAUCACCUUCAAUGGCAUAUUCAGCCGUAGCGAGAAGAAGUUCAUCCCAUUUCUGUCUGUGUUUUUGUAUGUUUAAUUUGUCUUUUUUCGCGUUCUUUCUGUAGUUUUUU